UGCAGUCUCGUGUUAAGGUGCCCGUCUUUGUCUCCGAGCUUGCGACUCGCGGACCGGCGUCCCCGGCGCAAAGAGGCAGGACUCGGAUUCGUUGCCUGAGCAAUGGCUGCCAUUCGGAAGAAACUGGUGAUUGUUGGUGAUGGAGCCUGUGGAAAAACAUCCUCGCUCAUAGUCUUCAGCAAGGACCAGUUCCCAGAGGCUUAUGUGCCCACAGUGUUUGAGAACUAUGUGGCAGAUAUCGAGGUGGAUGGAAAACAGGUUGAGUUGGCUUUGUGGGACACAGCUGGACAGGAAGAUUAUAAUCUCCUGAGGCCCCUCUCCUACCCAGACACUGAUGUUAUCCUGAUGUGUUUUUCCAUCAACAGUCCUGAUAGUUUAGAAAACAUCCCAGAAAAGUGGACCCCGGAAGUCAAGCAUUUCUGUCCCAACGUGCCCAUCAUCCUGGUUGGGAAUAAGGAGGAUCUUCGGAAUGAUGAGCACACAAGGCGGGAGCUCGCCAAGAUGAAGCAGGAACCUGUGAAACCUGAAGAAGGCAGAGAUAUGGCAAACAGGAUUGGCGCUUUUGGGUACAUGGAGUGUUCAGCAAAGACCAAAGAUGGAGUGAGAGAGGUUUUUGAAAUGGGUACAAGAGCUGCUCUGCAAGCUAGACGUGGGAAGAAAAAAUCUGGGUGCCUUGUCUUGUGAAACCUUGCUGCAAGCACAGCCUUUAUGCGGUUCAUUUUGAACAAGUGCUGUUUAUUAAUCUUAGUGUAUGAUUACUGGCCUUUUUCAGUUAUCUAUAAUUUACCUAAGAUUACAAAUCAGAAGUCAUCUUGCUACCGGCAUGUAGAAGCCAAUUAUGAUUAUUAAUGAUGUCCAACCUGUCUGGCUCACUAGGGUCUUUUUGACACUGCUCUAACAUCCCUCCUCUGCACUCCCACCUGAUACACCAGGCACUAAUUCAAGGAAUUUCCUAACUUCUUGCUUCUUUCUAGAAAGAGAAACAGUUGGUAACUUUUGUGAAUUAGGCUGUAACUACUUUAUAACUAACAUGUCCUGCCUAUCACCUGUCAGCUGCAAGGUACUCUGGUGAGUCACCACUUCAGGGUUUUACUCGUUAACAGAUUUUGUUGGCAUAGCUCUGGGGUGGGCAGUUUUUUGAAAACGGGCUGAACCAGAAAAGCCCAAGUCCAUGCAGCUGUGGCAGUUACAGUUCUGUGGUUUCAUGUUAGUUACCUUAUAGUUACUGUGUAAUUAGCGCCACUUAAUGUAUGUUACCAAAAAUAAAUAUAUCUACCCCAGAC